AACAACCUAAAAAAACAAAACAAUCUUCACACAAAUAGGCCUGUGCUAUUAUAUGUGCCAUAUAGACAAUUUUUAAUUUCGAAUAAUAAUAGUUGCAUGCUUAAAAGAGCUAAAUUGUUAAUAUUUGGGAUCUAGAAAUUGACACAAAUGGGUCGCAACACAUAAUUUCUAAUUAGUUAUAUUCGUCGAAAUACUCUAGAUGUCUAAAUCGAAUGGCAAUGUCUAGCAACUGGUUAUUCCAGUCUACACUGAUAGUAUUUAUUGUGCAUGCUCUCCAGAUAAGAAUAUGACUUGUGGGAAUAUAUGUCUAGCCUCGUUCUUCUAGUCCCUUGUUACAAAUGACACUGAAAUGCAUUACACAAUUCGUGUACCAAUGGUUAAAUGUUUGUUUUGUCUCAAAUAUUGGAUAUCAGAAACCCAUCUUUUCCCCGUUAAGAUCACAAGAUCAAUGUUGAUUGAAAUUGACAAAUACUUUGUGUUUUCAAUGUCGCAGAUUUUGGAUGAUAUUGACUACUUUAAGUUUAAUUAUUUACCUAAUCUAAUUCCUUUACAUUUUAUUUUCAGCUUUUAUGAUGAUAUACAGUAUUUGGAAAACUUCAGAAUGUCAAAAUGUACAUUUGAAUAUCUGUGCAGAAUUUUGAGACCAUUUCUUGAGAAACAAGUAACAAGUAUGAGGGAACCAAUAUCUGUUGAGCGACAGGUUGGCAUAAGUUUAUGGGUUUUAGGGACCAAUGCUGAGUACAGAACUGUUGCUGCAUUAUUUGGGGUUGGCCGGUCAACCGUGUCUUCAAUUAUACACAUAUUUUGUGAGUCCCUGAUUUCGAUCAAGGACAAAUUCAUUAAAUUUCCAUCAGGUGAAGAACUGAAUAGAGUUGUAAAUGGGUAUCGGUCGAAAUGGGGAUUUCCUAAUGCAGGUGGAGCAAUAGAUGGCAGUCAUAUUCCUAUAUUAGGACCGAGCAUGAACCAUGCUGACUUCCAUAACAGAAAAGGGUGGUAUUCCAUCAUUGUUCAAGCAGUUGUGAAUGAUCGUUAUGAAUUCACAGACCUAAAUAUCGGGUGGCCAGGAAGUGUUCAUGAUGCACGAGUCUAUGCAAACUCCAAAAUAUAUGCAAAAGGGCUGUCUGGGACAUUAUUUGCCGGCAAGAUGAUUGAUGUCAAUAAUGUGCGCCUGCCUAUCGUCUUGUUAGGUGAUCCGGCUUAUCCAUUAUCCAACUUUCUAAUGGAACCAUACACAGACAAUGGACACCUGACCCAAAAACAAAAGACAUUUAAUUAUAAGCUAAGUAGUUCACGCAUGACGGUAGAAAAUUCCUUUGGUCGCCUAAAAGGUCGCUGGCGCUGCUUAUUAAAGCGAUUGGAUAUGAAUGUUGACAAGGUCCCCAAUAUUAUUAUGACCUGUUGCAUACUUCAUAACAUAUGCGAACAAGCAAAAGACCCAUUUAGGGUUGAAUGGCUAGAGGAUGUAGCAAAGGGAGAAAACUAAAUGCCUCAGCCAAAUCAAAGUAACGAAGAGGCAAUCAAUGCAGACUGCACUAACAUUAGAAAUAUCCUGGCUGAAUACUUCCAGGAAUAAUUUAACCUUACAAAACAAAUAAUUAAGAAAGUAAUAAUUGACCAUACUGUUACAUACACUCACUACAAAGAAUUUCUAUGUGUAUAUGCCAUCUUUUGUUUACUUUUAUUGUUUCAUUUUGUGUGUUUGCAGAAAACUAAAAAAUGGUCAAACUAAAUUGGUUUAUUUUCAUAAUAAAAAUCAUACAACAGAAAAAUAACUGAUAAUCUUAUAACACAGUGGGUCUAUUAUAACUAUAUAUGUGAUCAGCUCUGGCCAAAUGGUUGCUAUGGAGUUCAAUUUGUUUCCAAAAUUUUCAAUAUCUUCUUUCUUAAAAGUAAUAUUAUGGUACAUUCAAAUUUAAAUAUUCCAAGCAUAUUUCUAAGUCACAUACUAAUUUAAAGGUAUUUGGAUACAGAAUUUAAAUUGACACCUUUUGGCAUCUUGAUUUUUGAUCCAUGCAUCUCAUUAAGCCAGAGUUGGAUUAUAUAAUAAGAGGUCCAAUUGUCAUCUUUGUUGUCCAUCAUUGAAGAAGUGUAUGUAAUUAAAAAUAUACAGUGGACUCUUUCACUUUCAACAUUGUACAGGACCGAUACAAUGCCAGAUUAUACACCAUGACGGAAUACUUAAUUGUCUCAAAACCGCAAGUAUUAUUGUACCUCGAAUACCAAAGUAUUAUUUUAAUGCACCUUCGAAUACCCAGAACUUAAAAAUAUGAUAAACCUUUUUGUACAUUUGAAACUUUAUUAUAUAAAAUUAUUAUGUUUUUACUUUGGGUGCGUACAAAACACUUGUGCGUCGUUAUGAACAAAAUAUUAUAAUGAUAGUGAUUCUUCAUCUCAGCAAUUUAUAUUUAAUGUUGCUGUAUUUGACGUGAAAAAAUCAAAUGAAAUACCAAGCACUCUCUUACAAGAAAUUAUAAAAUUAUCAAGGUUUUAUUAACAAAGACUGACACAUACACCAAGCUCACCGAUAAUUGAUUGCUUGUGGGUUAACACCCACUGAUUGAAGGCAGGAUUAUCCAAUGUUAAUUCAACAGAAAUCGUUUAACGGGGUCCCCAGAUUGGUCUAAUAAUUCGGAAUAUUCCGAGUCCACUGUACAAGCCUACACUAUAAAGUUAUUGAUCAAUUUUUAAUUUAUGUCUUUCAAUUAAUGUAUUAAAUAAAAGAGAAUUUACCAU